CUCACGUACGCUAAUGAGGUGCUUCCGAUAUGCGACUUUCGAUGUUUAAUGUUUGCUCUCGGUGCGUUCGUCGUACGUCGUAGGCGUGGGAAAGUGCAUCGUCGCACGUUUUUGUUUUGUUCGGUGUGGGGUCAUUGUCGAUUUAUUGUCAGACCGGUGUUAUCAGUGGAUCCCGCUACAAUACACCACGCUGAUCGUAGGGUUAGUUUUGGGGAAGGGAGGACGCGCAUCAUAUCCUUCAUGAUCUUUUGUGGGCCCCGUAGAGGGGUUCAACAUGCGAGAGAUAUGCUGCGAUACUGGCGCAGGGAGGCAAAAACAACACGCCGUUUAAAAAAAAAGAAAUGCAUCGAAAAACAUUCGCACAGCAAUGUGUCGGAAUGAGAGAAUAUCCGUUUCAGUUAAUGGUGAGAAUAGCACACAAGAAGCCGGUCCGAGGGGAACCGGCUUGUUCGCUAGCAAACCGUUCUAACAUCGUGAACAUUCGUACAGGGAUUCCGUGCUGGUGGCUGAUUCUAACCUUGUGAACUGGUUUAAAGUUAUUCGAAUUAGCGUGCGAGUAAGUGGGAAAAGAAACAAUAGAAUUUUCACCCUUCCCCCAGGGCAAAGAUAUUAAGUUAAACCGAUCGUGCAUCGUUGUAAUUGAUGAAGAAAGGAUAAAAAUAAGUGUAUACAAGGAAUGUGAGAAAAAAAUGUGUCGGCUCAUGUGUAGUCUCAGUGAUUCCGUAGCGAUGUUACCACUUGGACUGUCGUCUCCUAGAGGACAAUAGACUGAGGUGGUUGCUGCCGUGUUGCUACAAGUUUACUGUUUCAACGUUCCAUCGUUGUGAUCUGCGAGCGUGAGUGCAAAGUGCAACGGAUAAGAGAUCUUCAGCGGCAAAGUCCGAAGAAGCUUACGAGCUAAAAAAAAUCAAUUAGAACGAGUGUCGAGUUUAACACAGUGCCAGAAGUGAACAGUGACAGUUAUAACGUGCAGGUGGUAAUAUAAAUUGAAGUUCCGUGUCUGCAAUAGAAGCAGAGUUAUAAAAGGUUAAUAAUAAAGAAUAUAAAAAAAAGAAACGUGAAAGUUUGCAAACGAACGAGCGUAUGUGUGUUGAAGGGGCAUUCGGAAGAUGUCGCAACAGUUGAACGCAGCCAGUCACGGUAAUACUAUGCACGGUAGUAUUGCGAACAGUAUCGGAACGAACAAUAGUAUCGCCUGCAGUAUGGGCAAUAACAUCCCGAACAAUCUGACCACUUGUGCUACCAUCCCCAACAGUAUGAUCGCCACCAUGUCCAGUCCGGCUGGCAAUGCAUCGAACGGUCCGACCAGUAACGGCAACAGCAACAGUGGUACCGGUGCUAAUGGCAGCAGCAAUGGACCAUCAUCGACUCCGGCCACCCCGACCAACAAUUGCCAGUCAAUCCGUUACUGCUGGGAAGCUGAUAAAGUUAAGACUCUGAUUCGUCUGCGUGCAGAACUCUCGCCUCUCUUUACUGGCAAACGCAAUGCAUCGAAAUAUGCUUGGGCUGUGGUCGAACGAGAACUCAGCGUGCCUUUACCGAUUUCGAAAAUCAUCAAAAAAUGGAACAAUCUGCUACAGGAAUACAAGGCGAUCAAAAUGUCGGAAGAACCGAAGCGUCGCGAGUGGCCAUUCUUCAACCUGAUGGAUGUGUACUUCAGCGAUCAGGUGAACGAUCCGACGCUGCGUCUCUUCUCCUCGACCAAGCGGUUCGAUUCGGACACACUGGACGAUGCACAGUUCGAUGACGAGAUCAUGAACUCGACGGCUGCGGCCGCCAUUGCUGCUGCUGCCGCUGCUUCGGCUGCCGCUGCCAACGCCGCUAGUCAACACAAGAUCAAGAACGAGCUGAUCGCGAGCCAUGGGCAUAGUGGUGGCAGUAUGCUGGACAUAUCCGACAUCAUCGGUGACGAGCACGGUGAAUCGAAGUUCGAUCAAUUCAAGCGAGAAAUCGUGCUGAGUCAAAUCCAGGAAAUUACACGCGCCGGUAGCGGUGGUGGCGGUGGAGGUGGCGGAGGCGGCCGCAAGGAGAAGAACAACAACAAUAAGGAUCAUCACAACAACAACAGCAACAACAAUAACAACAAUACCAACAAUAGUGCGAACAACAGCAGCAACAAUAAUAGUAGCAGCAGCAACAACAAUAACAACAACAGCAGCAGCAACAACAGCAACAACAACAACCAUUCCACUAGCAACAGUGGAAGCAAUGCCAACGGUACGGGUCACAACGGAACCGGGGUGGGCAAUGGUGGUAACGGAAAUGCGUCGCUCGAGAGCAAACACAAGCUGAUGGAAUCGCUGAACCUGAGCCCGGGCGGAAGUCACCUGACGACGAGUGGGGUCAGCUCGCUCAGUACGACCAGCAGCAGCAGUUCCGCUCGAGAUGAGGCGAGCAGCCUCAACAGCAGCCCGACGAGUCAUAUGAGCAGCGGUCCGACCAAUGGACCGUGUGGUCCGGAGAUGCGCAAAAUGUCCAACGGCCCUACGGCGGACUUUAGUGCACUGCUUGCGGCGGCCAACAGCCACACGAACGGUACGCUGCACAGCAACAGUAGCGCACUCAGCAGCACCGAUCGGGACACGGACUAUGAUGAUUAUGCCGAGCGGAGCAGUCUGUACGACGGUGGUAACAAUCAUCUGAAGAGUCUCAAUCAGAAGCUGCUCCAUCAGAUGAACGAACAUCACAACAUCGAUCAGUACCUUUUAUCUUGGCGCGGCUUCCAUGGCAACAUGUGCAAAGGUUUCCACAGUCUACAGCGGGACGGGCAGAUGGUGGACGUGACGAUUGCGGCCGGUGGCAAGAUUUUCAAGGCACACAAGCUCGUUCUGUCCGUGUGCAGUCCAUACUUUCAGAAGAUCUUCCUCGAGCAUCCAUCGCAGCAUCCGAUACUGUUCAUGACCGAUGUCAACAGUCACCAUAUGGCUGGGCUGUUGGAUUUCAUGUACAGCGGACAGGUUAACGUCAAGUACGAGGAUUUGCCCAACUUCCUGAAGGUGGCAGAAGCGCUUCAGGUUAAAGGGCUUCAUGGCGAGAGUACCAACGACUCGGAGGAGCGAGAUUAUCAGCAGCAGCAACAUCAGCACGCUCUACGGUUGCAGGAACAGCAGCGAUUAUAUCACCAGCAACAGCAGCAGCAACAGCAACAGCAGCAACAACAUCAGCAACAGCAGCAGCUGCAUCAACAGCAGCAACAACAGCAGCAACAGCAGAAGCUAGCUCAACAGCGCCAGCAGUUGCUGCAGGUGGCACAGCAGCAAGCACACGCCCAAGCACAGCAGCAGCAUCAGCAGCAGCAACAACAGCAACAAGCGGCAGCAGCCGCCGCUCAGCAGCAAGCCGCCGCCGUUGCAGCCGCCGUCGCCCAUCAGCAGCAACAGUUCCAGCAUCAUCGCAAUAACUUCAAGGAGCUAAUGAAGGCGAAGCAUGCGGCCGCUGCCGUAGUGCUGAACGAGGACUACCUCAACAACAACGCGGUCAAUGCGAACAACAACAACAGCCUGGCCAACAACAACAACAACAAUGGCAGCAAUGGUAAUACGAACGGACCCCUCUCACCAUACGCCAGCAAGAAGAUGCUCGACACGCAAAAGUACCAAAAGUACUACUCGAAGCGAAAGCUCGUACAGCAGUACGAGCAGGAGAUGCGGGCCGAAAAGCGUAAGCUGGGCAUCGAGGAUGUGAUACAGGCGGCAGCAGCAGCGAACGCACUUAACCUUCGCCUCAACAAUGGUGGCAGUCCGAUCGGUUCUCCGACGGCGGUAGCUGCAGCGGCAGCAGCUGCAGCCGCUGCCCUUAAUCCACCCGGAACGCCAACGAACGGUGGUACCAGUACGGAUGAUGAACAGCAGCAACAGCAGCAGCAGCAGCAACAGCAGCAUGGCCAGCAGACACCGGUUCUGUUGCAGAACAUCAAAUCGGAACCACAGUUCGACGAUGAGGAUGAAGGUAUGGAAGUCGAUCAGGAUAAUAACAACUCGCUGAAUGCCGCGAACGCUAACACGGCGCACAACAACAACAACAACAAUGAUGAUGAUUAUUACGGGCAACAUGACCAGGGCGUGAUAACGACGGGCAAUGGCAAAACGAUCAAACAUUCCAUUCUCGAGCCAAAUAUAGUAUUAAAACAGAGUGACGAAUGUCUUACGACCAACAAUCAAACGGGUAGCCUGAAUCUAUGCAAAAACGUCAGCUAAUCGGUGUGCCGCAUUCGAACCGAUCCACGGCCGCAGGAAACAGAUCCCACCCGUCCAGGGAAUGGCUGAGCAAGGCUAGUAGUUUGUGGAUGAGAUCAGGUGUCUCUCACGGGCAAGCGUCGACAAGGAUAAUCAGGAAAGAAGGGGCGCAAUUCGGUAUGCAUGACUGCGAAUUGAAGCGGUAGACUGUAGAUAGACCCUAAGUAAAGACUAACGUGUAAGCUAACUUAUUUAUUGCUGUGUAUGCGUGUGUGGUAUGUAUGUGUGCGCAUGUGCGCAUUGGUACGACUGUGACUGUGUAUGUAAUUGAGGCUGCCUUCCACGUGAGGCAAGUAAGCCACAGGCUGUUUGGUUAGUAGCGAAGCGUCUUGAAACGAUCGUUUCCUUGUGGUAAUUAGUUGAUUGAUUGAUCGAUCGUCACACACCGGUUGGGGAACCGAUCAUAUUUAGCAGAGGAUAUAUACAUAAGAGUACACGUCCCAAUACGAUCGGUGUGUACUGUAGCGAGGGUUGUUUAUUUGUUUUGUUUUGUUUUGCGAUCGAGUAAAUAUGUUGGCUAUAGUUAUCUAUUAUUGAACACUGUCACCUGGACCCGAAUUUGUUCAGAAUGAUGUGUAGAAUGUUUGACUGGUUGAAUAUUUAGUAUUUAGUGUAACAUUUUGUUUUUCUUCUGUGUACCAUUUUCUUUAAUUAUUUACCAUCUUUUGUGUUGUUACUGAUUUCUGAACUUAGCUUAACUUUCCGUUCGGCUCUCAUACACAGCAGUCCAAAAUGUAGGGAAAUCUUUUUAGUUGUCUAGAUACGUUUUUUUGUUUUGUUUUCGUUUUUUUGCAUAUAGCGUUUGUUUUUUUUUUCUUUUUGGUUCAAACUUCAACUUUGUGUAAUAUCAUUUGGCGUUUGUGGGGAACUUACUGUCUUACCUACUUUUGUAUAACCGUACGUUACUGAUUUGUAUUCUAAUAAUUCAGGGGUUUAUUUAUUAUCGUACACGUGUCUCUGUUCCGGCAUCCUAAUGUGUAAUAACUUGCUAGCGCUAUCGUUGUUGAUUAUUUCUUAAAGAACAUAUAAUGCAUGCAUAUGAUAGUGAUUGGUACGUGGCGCAAAAGAAUAUGGCAUUGCCAACAUCCAAGAACAGUGUGAACUUAAUUUAUAUGAUGUUAUCGAAAUAAAAAAAAAACGACAUUUAAAAAUAUACAGAAAACAUCCAUACAAACACACACAAAAAAAACAGAUACACACACACACUCAUUAUUAGUCAUGUAAGUCACUCAAUAUUGUAUAAGCGUAUGAAAAAAAAAACUUUCCGGAAGCUGCCCGGUUGUUUGUGUCUAGCUGAUAAACCGACCUGUGUACGCAUGAAUUGUGGUUCAUCAAACAAAAGCUAAAAAGAACGAACAAACAUUUAAGAACAAAAAAACUCAAACACAAUAACACAAGCCAGUAUAAAGUAUGGCUAGUGGUUGAAAGUAAAACAAAUAGCGAGCUCAGGUGUUCUCAAUUCUAGUUGUUUGGUGUUUUUAAUGAAACAAAAAGAAAAAAAUGCCCCAACUUAAGGGAAAUAAGCAAAACGUCCAGCUCUAAGGGGAAACGGUUUUGUGUAUCGGAAUAGUGAGCCUCCAGGAUGGCCCGAAUAUAUUGUUUUUUUGUUUUAGACCAACCGGCAGCAGAGAGAG